AUGUCAUGUGAUGCCAUCUGUUGUUACAAGGUGUCUAGCAAGCUUCCUCGGAGCAUCUAUGUGGGAGCAGCAACAUCAGUCCUCCGAUGUUGGCUGGCCAUGUCAGCAACUGGACUGUGGACGAUGCACGAACAUCUUAAAUAUGUCAACCCAUCCGCCGAGUCCCAAAAGGAGAAUGUCACCAAGUAA